AUGAAGAAAGGGCCGUGGACUGCAAACGAGGAUGCCCUCUUGAUGGAGUAUGUGAGAAAGAAUGGUGAAGGAAAUUGGAAUGCAGUCCAGAGGAAUUCAGGGUUGAUGAGGUGCGGGAAGAGCUGCAGGCUUAGAUGGUCGAACCAUUUACGGCCUAAUCUUAAAAAAGGGGCAUUUACCCAAGAUGAAGAGGCUCUCAUUGUUAAUCUCCAUGCUAAGUUUGGCAACAAAUGGGCUCGCAUGGCCUCCCAGCUUCCUGGUAGAACAGACAACGAGAUCAAGAAUUACUGGAAUACAAGGCUAAAGAGGCGUCAAAGAGCUGGUUUGCCACUUUACCCUGUCGAUAUUCAGCCUCUUAAUCAAUACCAACCACAAAACCUUCAACCUAGUCCUUCAUUAGUAUCCUUUAUCACAGCAGUAGAUGGAAAACCCAAGCAUAGUACCCCUAUAUCCAUCUUUGACAUGUUCAAUCCUACUACACCACCUGCGUCCACUUCCCAGAACCAGCCUAUGCCUUCAUUCCUGUCUGAUCCCAGUCCAAAUUUCAAACCUGCUCAGAACAAAAAUGGUAUAGCUUUAUCUCUGUCAUCUGUUAAUUCUUUGCUUUCAUUAACUUCAGCUUCUUCAGCCUUUAAUAAUCAAGGUCCAUCUCCAUUAGGAGCAUCCUUGCCAAUGCCUUCACUCCAGUUCAAUUGUCUCAAUUUUGGCAUUGCAAAUACUGUACCUGUUUCUCAUGCAUCAUUUGCACAAAAUGAUACGGGUUCAGGCUCCAAUAUGGGGCUUCCUGCAAUCCAAUCACUUGUUCCUGAAACAACAUCUUCAGGAAGUGAUUAUAUGAUUGCAACAUCAAGUGAUGCAGAUGAUCGUGAUGAAGGUCAUGAUCAUCAAGGCUUAUCCCAUGGUAACAGUGGAUUAUUGGAAGACGUUAUAGAUGAGUCCCAAGCAUUGACGCGUGCAGAAAAGCCAAAAGAGACUUGUCUGGAUGCAGAAAAAAGUCAAGGAGAGUUUCUGUGGGACUACAAAUUAAUGGAAGAUGUCGGUGGCAACGUAUGCGAAGAACCGGGUCUUAAUGCUAUCCUGGAUGAACCUUAUAAAGAUUCUACUCCUACUCAUUCAUCCAGCGGGGUUGAAACAACAAACGCUUCAUCACAGAAAAGCAAUCCAGUGGAGGAUGAUUUGUUCAAUCUUCUAGAUGAUAUCCCAUUACCAGUAACAAUGCCUGAUUGGUAUGAUGGAAACGGUAAUGAUAUCGAUGGACAAUGCUCGAAUUGGAUUGGAGGUGAUGCAGGAAAGGAAAAUCAUCAGCCAGAACCUUCAUAUUCUCCAGUUGCAACAACUCCCGAGAUAACAGAUAAUAACUGGACCGAUGGUGCGAGCUACUGGAAGAACUUGCCUGGAAUUUAUUAGAUUAUGCGCAAUAAGAGACAUCUGAUUUUGAUAGCUGAAAAUGGAGGAUGUAAACAAAUAGAAUUUCUCUCCUUUAAUAGUUUGCUAUAGCCCAUA